UUUUUAUUCAGACGAGUGAGCAGGCAGUGCUGCGUAUAUUAUUGUCUUAUCAACAUUACAUUUACAUAACUUUCGACAAUAGUUUUCAAAUUCUAAGUAGGAAAUUUGUGAUCAUUACAUUUACAUAACUUUCGACAAUAGUUAUCAAAUUUUAAGUACGAAAUAUCUUUUAUUUACGCUCAGUUUUAUCCAGCAUUCGCAAAUAAAGACAACAACAACGCAGACAGAACAACCUCUUUCUCAUCUCAGCGAUCUCAUCGUUGCAGCGUUCAAUCGUAAAGCUAUCAAGAUGUCAGUGAGACGCACAAUGUCCACCAGUUCCGCCAAGGAGUGGAGAAAUUACUUUAUGAGCACCCACUUUUGGGGACCAGUGGCCAACUGGGGCAUCCCAAUAGCUGCUAUUGCUGAUACGCAAAAGAGUCCCAAGUUUAUCUCCGGCAAGAUGACAUUAGCUCUGACGCUCUACUCAUGCAUCUUCAUGCGAUUCGCAUACAAGGUGCAGCCCAGGAACUGGCUUCUGUUUGCUUGCCACGCAACGAACGCUUCUGCACAGGCCUUCCAAGGAUUAAGGUUCCUGCAUUAUCAGAAAACCGAAGGGAGCACUGCGUAGGCUGUAAUCUCGAUUUGAUUUCAUUCAGCGUGCGAUGCCAUUUCAAAUAUUUGCACAACUAACGAGGCGCAACAUCAAUGACAAAAUGACUGAAGGCACGCAACAAUGGAACAACAACACACACAACAAAUUGCACUGCCGAUGUUAUAUUGUUUAUUAUCUGUACUAAGCGCUUCAACCCAAAUUGGCUGAAUCUCAACGUAAAUUGGCCAAUCCACAAACAGGUGCUACUCUAUCCGGGUUGGUUUUCUGAUCCACUGGCUAUUUGUCUUAUAUCUCAAUCUAUCCCAACAUCUAUGCGAGAUGACGUCGUGUUUAAAUUCAUUUAAAUCCAAUUCCCGAAUGGUUUAUCAGUUCUAUAUAACAAUUUGACGAUUAAAAUAAUUUUUAUGUGCAAUAAACAAACCUUUUAGCAGUACAAACUUUGAAUAAAAACUUUAACGUUAAUCUUCGUUCCCGCAUAGAAAAUUA